UCGUCGAGUUCUAUUAGACUCGUUUGUGAUUUUAUCCGGAUACGUGUCUUUAAUUAUAUUGUUAGAGAGAUGAGCAAAGAAACGAUUGAAUCGACUUUAUCGAUACCAGCAUUUUAUUCUGGAAAAAGUAUAUUCAUUACAGGCGCAACAGGAUAUUUGGGAAAAAUAUUGAUAGAAAAGUUGCUGAGAUCGUGCCCCGAUACAAAAGAAAUAUUCUUAUUAAUGCGCCCAAAGACCAAUAGGUGCAUCGAAAAGAGAUUCCAGCAGAUGCUGACUAGCCCGUUGUUUGAUAGACUACGAAGCGAACAACCCCAUUGUUUCGAAAAACUGAUUCCGUUGAAAGGUGAUAUCGAAGUAGAGGGAUUGGGUUUGUCAUCUGCUGACAGAAACACGUUGAUCGAAAAAGUAUCUAUAAUAUUUCACGUAGCGGCGAACGUGAGAUUCGAUAAUGCACUGAAGAAAGCUGUGCUCCUAAAUAUUCGAUCGACAAGAGACAUCUGCGUUUUGGGCGAAAGUUUAAAAAAUUUGGUGGCACUGGUGCAUGUCAGCUCGACUUAUACACAAGUCGAUAAACCCGUCGUCGAUGAAAUUAUAUAUCCAGUGGAGGAAAUCGAUUGGAAGAAAACGAUUCAAAUUGCUGCAACCGUGGAUGAUUAUGUCUUGGAAGUAUUUAAAUCAAAAUACUUAGGUACAAUGCCGAAUUCAUAUGUAUUUACCAAGAGACUUGCGGAACAGGUGAUAACUGAUUACUCCAAAUCACUGCCAUGCGUGAUUUGCAGACCGUCUAUAAUUUCACCAACAUUAGGAGAACCUAUAAAGGGUUGGUUGGACAGCUUUGCCGGUCCAGUAGGAUUGAUAAUCGGUAUUGGAAAAGGGAUAAUGCGAGUAUUUUACAAUAAUCCGUUUACUUCUGACAACUUUAUACCAGCUGACACUGUUGUUAAAGCUAUGAUCGUUGCGGGAUGGAAACGAGGCGUGAUGAACAAGAACAACGACACGCAAAAUAUUCAUCCACUUGUUUACAACUGCUCGUCCAAUCAUAGCAGGAUUCCAUCACGUUUAAUGGCAAUAGAAAUAGGCAACAAAAUCGUCGCGGAACAUCCUUUCGAAGAUAUAAUCUGGGCUCCUGGAUUAAUUUUAGCACAGAAUUAUUUUUUUUAUUACAUAUUAGUAUUACUGUUGCACGCAAUACCAGCCAUAUUUAUCGAUGGAUUAUUACAAAUCGCAGGCAAAAGUCCUAGAUUACUAAAACAACAAAGGAAAAUAUUUAUAGGCAAUAUUACCAUGGCGUACUUUUUAUUUAACAAAUGGGAUUUUCGAAAUCAAAAAUUAUUAAGUUUAUCAAACGAAGUGCCGCCCGAUAAUCAACAAGACUUUGGAUUUGCGGUAGAUUUAAAUUACAUUUACAAUUACAACACACUAGUAUUAUAUUAUAAAAAUUGUGCAAUUGGAAGUAAAAUUUUUCUUCUAAAAGAAAAUAUAGAUCGAGUGGAUGCAACAAGAUUCCAUUAUAGAAGAAUGAUUUGGAUCGACAGAAUUGUAAAAAUAUUGAUCGGAAUUUUCUUCAUAUGGAUAAUAUGCGCAACAGGAUUUUUGGGUAAAGUAUACAUUGAGAAGAUACUGCGAUCUUGCCCAGAUGUUCGUGAAAUAUUUUUAUUAAUGCGUUCAAAAAAAGGAUUAAGCAUUAACGAAAGGCUUGAGAAAAUAUUAAAAUUACCGUUGUACGAUAAGCUGCGAGAAGAGCAACCUUCAAAUUUAAAAAAAUUAAUUCCGAUUUCCGGUGAUAUCAGUGAAGAGAAUUUAGGUUUGUCAGCUAUCGAUAGGCAAACACUAGCUGAAAGAGUGACUAUAGUAAUUCAUGCAGCGGCGAAUGUGAAAUUUAACAAUAGCUUAAAGUGCGCCAUUUUAAAUAAUACUAGAUCAACAAGAGAUGUUUGCAUCUUAGCCCAAAGUAUGAAGAAUCUAAUAGCACUGAUAUAUAUUAGUACGGCAUACGCGCAUAUAAAUAUUCCUGUCGUAGAAGAAAAAGUUUAUUCAUCUAUAGCCGAUUGGCGGAAAAUGAUCAAAGUAGCCGAGACAUUGGAUGAGCAUAUCUUGAAUAUCUUUGCAGCUAAAUGCUUGGAAUAUUUUCCCAAUACAUAUGUAUUCUCGAAGAAUUUAGCUGAGUCUGUAAUAGUGGAAUAUUCUUCGUCGAUACGUUGUGCAAUUAUAAGACCUUCUAUAAUAACAUCUACAAUAAGUGAUCCAAUUCCAGGGUGGAUAGAUAACUUUAAUGGUAUAAUAGGAAUACUCAUUGGCGGCGGAAAAGGAAUAUUACGAGUAUUCUAUGGUGCAAAACAUAUUAAUCCAGAUAUAGUAGUAGUAGACAUUGUCAUCAAAAGCAUAAUAAUUGUGACUUGGAAGCUUGCAUUGACUACCUUUACAUCAGAUUCUGGACCUUCCGUUUUCCAGUGUACUAAUCGUAACAAAAAAAGUUUAUCAUUUCAUGAAAUUAGCAAAAUAGGUUGUGAACUCAUAAAAGACAUACCUUUAGAGGGAGUUGUUUGGACUCCUAAUACAAUAUUUACCGAUAAUUCUAUUACACAUUAUAUAUUAACAAUAUUGUUGCAUAUAUUGCCAGCUAUGUUAAUAGAUCUAAUUUUAAAACUUAUGGGACAUCAGCCUAUGCUAGUAAGACUACACAGAAAAGUGUACGUGACUAAUCGCGUUCUGAAGCAUUUUGUGACUCAUGAAUGGAAAUUUGAAAACGAAAAUAUUUUCGAAUUAUUAAAGCUUCCAAUUUCAUCCAAGGAAAAAGAAGUGUUCUUAUAUGAUUAUGAAAAUGCUAAUCUUGAAGACUAUUACAGGGACGGUAUAAUCGGAGCUAAAUUAUAUCUUCUCCACGAGGACAUGAAUCGAUUAGAUGCAGCCAAAAAGCAUCGUAAAAAUUCAAAUAAAAUCCUGCCAUUUCGUUAUUUCUUAUUUGCUGUUUUACAAUCAAACACAUUAUUUUCUGCUACUUUAUUUAUCUUAUCGGAAAUAGUUGCGUUCAAUAUGAAGGAAAUUGCAAAUACAUUUAUACCAACAUUUUAUGCUGGUCGCAGCAUAUUAAUUUCGGGAAGUACUGGAUUUCUAGGCAAAGUUCUGUGUGAAAAGUUGCUGCGGUCUUGUCCUGAUGUUGCCGAAAUAUUUCUUUUGAUACGACCAAAGAAGGGAUUGAGCGUCAACGAGAGACUUGAAAAAAUGUUGAAUAACAAGCUUUUUGACGUUUUGCGAAGUGAGCGGCCAUCUGCUUUUAAUAAGCUCAUUCCAAUAAACGCAGAUGUAAGUAUGGAGGGCUUAGGAUUACUACCAGCCGAUAGAGAAAUGCUAAUCGAAAAAGUGUCCGUCAUAUUUCAUGUAGCAGCUAGCGUAAGAUUCGACGAAAACCUGCGUGACGCGAUUUUCAACAAUACAAGAUCAACGCGUGAUAUUUGCAUUUUAGCAAAAGAAAUAAAAAACCUGGUGGUUCUGCUACAUGUUAGCUCGACGUACACUCAAACCGACAAAUUUGAAGUCGACGAGACUCUGUAUCCCUCGGAAAUGGAUUGGAGAGAGGCGAUUAAAGUCGCCGAAUGCGUCGACGAGCAUACUUUGAGAACGUUUACAGCAAAAUAUUUGGGAACAAUGCCAAACACGUACACCUUCACAAAAAAAUUGGCGGAGCAAAUAAUAAGUGAUUACUCAAAGUCAUUGCCUUGCGUGAUCAUCCGCCCAUCCAUAGUCAUUUCGGCAGCGGAAGAUCCAUUGGCAGGAUGGCUUGACAAUUUCAAUGGUCCAGUUGGAAUGCUGGUUGGGGGUGGCAAGGGCGUGUUACGAGUUCUUUACGUCGAUCCUACCGUCACUUCCGAUUUUAUGCCUGUAGAUGUGGCGAUCAAAGCGAUAAUAAUUGUGGCUUGGCAACGUGGAAUCAAACCCAUCACCGAAGAUGAUACACUACACAUUUAUAAUUGCUCGUCGUACGAUAUAAAGAAAAUAAAUAUAAGAAAUCUUGUCGAAAUGGGAUUCCAAAUAACGGAAGAAGUGCCGCUCGAUAAUAUCAUUUGGUCACCAGGCACUACAAUAACUACGAGCCGUUCUUUGUAUUUCAUACUGGUGCUAAUUAUGCACAUCCUGCCGGCACUAUUCAUAGAUGGAAUCAUGAAGUUGUUUGGCAUACGUCCAAUGCUAUUAAAACUCCAGCGGAAAGUAUAUAUCGCGAAUAAUGCUUUGUCAUAUUUUUUGACAAACCAAUGGAAAUUUUACAAUAAAAAAUUAGUAACCUUAUUCGAUAAUCUCAGCGCUGAAAAUAAGAAAGAUUUUGGAUUUGCCUACAAUGAUUUCAAUAUAGAAGAAUAUUUCAAAAAUGGAUUAAUCGGCGCAAAGAUUUACUUACUUAAAGAAGACAUGAAUCAGCUAGAAGCGGCCAAGCUUCAUCGUAAAAGGAUGGAUUGGCUCAGUAGAAUAACCACGAUUUUAUUCAUCGCACUCAUCCUAUGGAUAUUUUAUCGUAAAAACACGCUGUCUUACAUUUUAGAUUUUUUUAUACCUUUUUAUUCGAUGGUAGAUUUAUAAAAAAAUUAACGCUGAGAUUAUUCUUUGUAAUUUUCCAAACUGCAAAGUAUGUAUGCUUUAUACGAUAAAUUUACUUUAAUUGAGUAUCUUAGCGAUGAAAACAUGGUUCUUAUCAUAAUAUAUAGAUUCACAUAAAAGGUCACAUAUAGUUAUAUUCUUAUAAUAUCUAUACUUAAAUAUUUCAUUAAUUAAAAUUUAAUAAAUAGAAAUAGAAGGUGCACGAUAACAAUAUAUGUAUACAAAUAUAUAAUAAUAAAAAUAACUUUAUGUUAAUGUUAUAAA